GAAAUGUCGUUUUUCAAUAAAGAAAAUCUUCAAAAACUUGGAAGAGCCGCUAGCGUCCUAAAUUCAGGCAUUCAAGCAGUUACAGCCGCCCAACAAGUUUACCAAGCCGUUAACGGAACGGGGACGCAAAAUGGGACGACUAAUCAACAACUCCAACCUUCCCAAAGAGAAAUUACUUUUGUCCAGCCAAAUGCUGCGGAGAAGGGGGAUAAAAAUAAAAGUUUGUUUGGAGAGUUUAAUGAAGAGUUUCUCAAAAAGAAUAUUUCAUUAAUUAAUCAACACCGUCCUUCUGAUGGUUUUACUCCGCUAAUUUGUGCUGUUUUGCGGAAAUGUCUUGAUUCUGUUGUUUUGCUUUUAUCUAAUGGGACAACUGCCCCUUCCACCACUGGCCAAUUUAUUCUUUUCCUACUCACUGACCAAUCAAUUUUUAAAUGGAGCCGAAUCUACCAGGAGUGUGUCAGUUUCGCCGGAUUUUGCCUUUUGUUUUUUUCGUCUUUCGGCCUAUGUUUAUUGGGUCUAUCUUAUAAUAAAGCUCGAAUAUCUUUUAAAUUUCUUUCAAAAAAUUUCCUUUUUCAGGCGUCUGUAAACGCUACCGAUUCAAAAGGAAAUACAGCCUUGCAUUAUGCAGAUACUCCUCUAAUUGUGAAAGCAUUAAUUAUUUUCAGAGCUGAUUUGAAUAUUAAAAACAAAGCUGGGGCUGAUUGUUUUUCUGGUAGAAAAAGGCAGGAAAUUACUCAAAUUUUAUUAAAAGCCAAACUUUGGGAUGAACUAAAAAUUAUUGAAAAUGCAACAACAACAACAACUUCCCCUUCACUUCAAACAAAAAUAAAUGAACAUAAACAACAAAUAGCCGUUCAAUGUCAAUUUAGAAAAGAUUUAGAAGACAAAAAACGAUCCCUUAGAUUAUUGUCUUUGGAUGGGGGAGGAAUUAAAGGGCUUGUACUUAUACAGAUAUUGAUGGAAUUGGAAGAUAUUUGUGGAAAUACUGAAAAUUUUGUAACAAAAAAUUUUGAUUGGAUUGCUGGGACGAGUACUGGCGCGAUUUUGGCCCUAGCAUUGGCAGAUGGAUAUAAACCAAUUCAAUGUUUACGUCUCUACUUGCGAUUAAAAGACGAAAUCUUUCUAACUCGUUCAAAUCCUUUGGUACCUUAUCCUGAUGAAAAAAUUGAAAAAUUCUUGAAAGAAAAUUUUGGAGAAAAUCGAAAAAUGGCUAAUAUUAAGAAUAAAAAAUUGAAAGUUUUCGUUACAGCAACAAAAGCAGAUCAAAUUCCAAUAAAAAUGAUACUUUAUCGAAGUUAUGAUACUCCAUUGAAGAAGCCAAUAGAUCCAUUACCUCAAAAUGUAAAUAUUUGGAAAGCAGCUAGAUGCUCUAGUGCCGCUCCAACCUUUUUUAGUAGCGUAAAUGGAGUUAUGGAUGGAGGCCUUAUGGCGAACAAUCCUGGAGUUACAUUACUUUUGGAAGUUUUUAAAAAUAUUGAUUUUCAAGCAUUAAGUGACAAAAAUGAAAACCCUCCUCCCGAUUUGGCUUUUAUGCUUUCCUUAGGUACAGGAAAAAGCCCCGAAGUCGCUGUACCAAUACCAGAAUUUUCUCCUGAAUUGGGAUUACAAGGGAUAAUUCAAACAGUGCAGUCACUUAAUAAUUUGAAGUCAAUACUUGUUGAACAGUUAUCAACUUCUGACGGUCAAGUAGUUGAAAUAGCUCGUUAUAUGUCGCAUACUCGCCGUGUCCCAUAUUUCCGUCUUACACCUUCAUUAAAUACAGAUAUUCAAUUGGACACUGUGGACAAUACUUUGCUUAUUGAAAUGCUUUGGACUACCAAGGAAUAUAUAAGAGAAAAAUGCUCAACUGACGUCUUGUCUUUGUUGGAACUUUUUUCUGCAUUUAAUAGAGGCAACGAAUAA